GUUGGAGAUGCUCUUACCUGCCUUUGCUCCUGCAAGUCAGAGGAGCCGGCUCCGCCGCCGCCGCCGCCCCUCACGUUCCCGGCCGCCGCCCGGCGCCCCUCCCCUCCCUCAAGUACCCCCGCGUCUCGGUCGACCCUCCCCACCUCUCUAUUCCCGGCCGGCGCUCGAUUCCAGGGCCCUCGAUUUUUCCCCAUUCCCGAAAUCCCCAACCAGACCAAACCCUCCCGCGUCUCUCUCGCCAGCCAUGGAGGCGGCGGCAGCCAAGGACGCGGCCUUGGCCGCUUCGGUUGCGGCAGCGGCUGCUGCCAAGGACGCGGCGGCGGCUGCGGUGACUGCAAAGGAGGCGGCGGAUGCGGCCAAGGACGCGGCUGCGGCGGCUUCGGCUGCGGCUUUAAACGCCAAGGAGGCGGCUGCGGUGGCCUCUGCUGCGGCAUUAAACGCCAGGGAGGCAGCCGUGAGGGCCUCUGCUGCGGCCUUGGAUGCCGAGGAGGCAGCGGCUGUGGCGGCCACUGCAGGCCAGGCGGCGACCGCUGCGGCGGCAGCUAUGCAAGCUUCCCAGAAGCGUAGGUUUGCGGAUGCGGCAUUGGAUGCCGAGGAGACAGCACCUGCGGCGGCGACUGCAGGGCAGCCGACGGAGCCAAUAAAUGCCGAGGAGGCAGCGCCUUUGGCGGCGAAUGCAGGGGGGCCAGCGGCCGCUGCGGCGGUGGCGACGCAAGCUUUCAAGAAGCGUAAGUCUGCUGCUGUGGCGUUAAAUUACAAGGUGCCAGCGCCUGCGACGGUGACUGCAGUUGAGGUGAUGCCGGCGCCAUUGCAAGCAUCCAACAAAUGUAAGUUCCAGAUCAUCGACGUGGACCAAGAUUCACCAGGGAGCGGAGAUGUCGAUGAUGCGGGGAGUGUCGAUCACAUCGGCCGCCUCCCGAACGCCGUACUCUGCAGUAUCGUCUCUCUUCUCCCCACCAAGGAAGGUGCCCGCACGCAGGUCAUCUCUCGCCGGUGGCGUCCGCUCUGGCGCACUGCUCCUCUCAACCUCGUGAUGAACCAAGAACUCAACAGCCACGACCACAAUUUGGUCGACUUGAUUUCAAAGAUCCUCUCUGUGCAUCCUGGCCCCACACACCGCUUCUCGCUCUGCCUCUCUAAUAGCAAGUAUCAUGGCAAGAUCAAAGGCUGGCUUAGUUCCCAAGCCCUGGACAAGCUACAGGAGUUUGAGCUCAUCCCCGAGGACUGGUUCGACGUCGGGGGUACGUUCUUCCUGCUGCCACCGUCCGUCUACCGCUCCGUGCCCAAGCUCCAUGUGGCCAAAUUUGGCGGCUGUCGUUUCUCCGACUUGAUUGUGAAGCUGUCGCUUGAGUUUCCGUGCCUCAAGCAGCUCACCCUGGAUAGAGUCGCCAUCUCGGAGGAUGCUCUCCAGAGUGUGCUCUCUGGCUGCUAUGCCUUGGAAAGCCUUGAGCUAAAGAAAAAUUCUGGCUUUCGUCGCCUCUGCAUCAGCUCCCAAACACUUAAGAGUGUAGGCUUUUGCAAUAACUGGGUUAGAAAAAGUGUCCCUUGGCAAGAGUUGGUCAUCGAGGAUGCCCCUUGCCUUGAGAGAUUGCUACCACUUCAACCACAGGUUGGCCCAAGGAGCAUACGGGUAAUUUCGGCACCUAAACUGAACAUAUUGGGUGCACUUUCUGAAAGCAUAACAGAACUUCAGCUUGGAACCACAGUUUUUCAGAGUAUGAUUACUGUUGGUUUGACAACCAAAAUGCACAGCGUGAGGGUUUUGGUUCUUGACUACACUGAUCUGGAUACAGUGGUUAACUUCCUCAAGUGCUUCCCCUUCUUGGAAAAGCUGUAUGUCUUUUUCCAGUCAAGGAUGAGUUAUAUUAAUCCCCAGGAGUAUGACCCACCGGAACUGAUUGAAUGCCUUGAGCUGCAUCUCAAAGAAGUACUGUUGAAGAAUUAUGAUGGCACCAUCCCUUUGUGUAUUGACUUCGCCAAGUUCUUUGUUUUGAAUGCGAAAGUGCUAAAGGAAAUGAAAAUCACAUUGCCUUACCACCGGCAGUACAACUGGUUUGCUAAUCAACACCGGCUGCUGCGGACCAAAGAUAGAAUUUCUCAAGAUGCUUGAAUUGAACCGAAAUGCGGAACUAAAGUUUAUUUCACAGACAACAGGAACACCCAUGAUUUGUCAAUGACUGAUCCUUUUGACGUGCCCUCCAGAGGAUGCAAAAAGUGUAGUGGAUCCCCAUUUUGAAGAUUGCCUUGUCUUCUGUUCAAAGCCCAACUUCUAUGUCGCAGGUUUUGUUCUAGUCUUGCGAGUUCCGAUUUUCUCGAAGAAAGGAUCUACUUCGCUCAGUGAUGGAAUGUUUUGUGGCCUAGUCAGAAUUAUACCUGGGCGAAGAGGUGGUGUCUAAGCUCAAGCUUCAAACCCGAACUUGCCGCUUGAAGGGGUUGGCCAGUAGUUUAUUUUAUGUGCUAUUGUGCUUGUUUAGAUCUGUAAUGAUUAGUUGGUUGUCGUUGUCUGUUUUGUUGUUUGGUCAUGUAAUUUAGCAGCUACUAUAUUUAUCUGCCGUAUAACAUGCUUUAGUGAAAAAGGAUGGCCUUCA